AUGUACAAAGAAGUACCAAAAGAAUAUGCUUUUAUCUACCGAAACAAAAGAAAUCCUAUAAACAAAAAAGAAUCAAAAAAAUUACACAGACAAGCUUUAUACAACAGACUUAAAUCAAUUUCUCCUUAUCCUCAUUUAGUAGAAGUAGAAGAUGUAAAAAGCGAGGAUCCUAUUUUUUACAACAAAAUAAAAAAUUUGCAUAGUUCUGUUCCAGUGGUUAAAAGAUGGAAAAAUAAAUUUCUUUUUCCUAUAAAUUUUAAUAAAAAAGAGUAUACAAUACCUAUAUCCAUUAUUAAUACAGGAUUAGAUCUUCUGAGACAGAAUAUAAUACAAAUAAAGAAAAAUCAAACAGACAAAGAAAAAUUUCUAUCUAAAUUAUUUCCUAAGCUUGGCAGUGCUUCAAUAAAUCCUAAAAAGCUUUAUGAGGCAUUUUCUCCAUUUAGACCGUUUAUGUUUCCAUAUGGGGAAGUAUUUGAUUUUACAUGGGAAACAGAAAAGAAGCGAUAUUGCCCUGGAAUGCUUACAGAUGAACUGAAAAAGGCGCUAGGAAUGACAGAAUUCUCACCACCACCGUGGAUUUUUAAAAUGCAAAAAAUCGGGCCUCCACCAUCCUAUCCUGAUUUAAAGAUACCUGGUGUAAAUGCUAAUAUUCCACCAGGAUGUCAAUAUGGAUAUGAACCAAAUAAAUGGGGUAAGCCUUGUUUUGUGCCAGAAGAGAAAGAAGAAUACAUCUUUAAUUUAGAAAAUCAAUAUUUAUCACUUAAACCAAAGAAACCUGAUAUUUAA